AAGAAGAACCUCUCCUAACCAAUCCUAACCUCUUAUCCUCGUCACCACCACCACCACUUCCCCUCCCUCCGUCGGCUUGUCAGAGUCCAAUGACAAGCAACCGCCAACUGAGGCCGGCCCGAGCGUGCCAGCAUUAGUGGACCCCCAGCCGUUGUAUCGCGCAGUCACGCACCGCCGCUCGGGAACCCUUGACAUUGCGGUGAGCCUUUGAGAUCGCCGUGGAGCAGAAAGUGAAGCGAAGUGGUGGAUGGAGGACAUAGAGCAGUGGACUUGUUCUGGCGAGUUAAGAGGGAAGGAAAAACAAAUAGGAAGAAGGAAAAGAGAUAAUUUAAGUUUUCGUUGUGCAUAAGAACGGAGGAAGGAAAAGAAGGUGAAGGGUAAGAGGUGGAGAAGAGAUGGAGAGGAGGAAAUACGUGAGGUAAGGACCAAGAAGAGGGUAAGGAGAGUGAGAAAAAUAACCACCAAUAUUUGAAAGAAGACGAGGAGAAAAGCAGAUAAGGUGAAGACUGAGAAGAGAGUGGGAGAGGAAGGGGAGAUAAGACGAACAAGACGAAAAAUAACAAUAGAGAAGAUUAAGGAAUUUUGUGGGAGGGAAAGAAAAGACUGCGGACAUGAAGAACAACAAACAAAGGGGAACAACCUCGUGAAACCAGGAGAGGAAAAAACAGAGAGGAAAAAAAGACGAAGACGGUGAACAAGGCCAACAAAAUAAAAACAAGAGACCUAGAAAGAGAAGAGCAAACGAAGAUAAGGAGCAAGAUAAUAAAUAAAAAAAACGAAGAAGAAAAGAACAACCACACAACUACCACCCACCACCACCACCACAAAAAUCGAAAAAAAAGAACGAAAGAGAAAACGAGAAAAAUAUACGAAAAUAUAAACCAAUCAUCACCAGUCAUCACCAAGGCGACAGACACCACACGCCCACCACGCACAGCCGCCCACAAAUACAUGAUGCGCACAGAUGUCAACUGGUGGCUAUGGUCCCUGCUGUGUGAUAUGUGGCUCCCUUACAAGGACGCGCCCCAACCCUCCUGCGGCACCCCCGACAGGAUAGGCGCGAGGAGGAGGAGGAGGAGAAGUGCAAGCUGUCCUGAACGCCUCGCCAAACUUCGUCACAGGCACAGAAAAUCACGAGCUCACAAUCUGUACGAGAACGAGGACAGAAGUGAUGUCAUCUUCUUUGUGGGGGACGACACCUACAGAGAAAGGAUCCCCGCACAUUCUUGGAUCCUGAGUGCACGCAACCACUUCUUCCGGGCCAUGUUCCACGAGACCUGGGCAGACAAGCACAAGAAGGUCUACAACAUCCCAAACGACCCCAAAGGCUUUCAGAAUCUGCUAAAAUGGCUGUACCGGCUGGACUAUGGGUUUCAGAGUCUGGACAGUGCCCUCACCACCCUGCACGUGGCCAUCCAGUACCUGUGCCCAGAGCUUGCAGACCUGUGUGCUGCCUACAUCUCCCAGCACCUCACUGAUGCCAACGUGCUCAAGGUGAUGCACCAGAUCUCCCGCUACUGCCCGGCGCCCUUCGCUGCCACACCCUCUGCCCCAUCCCUGGAGGUGCUGGAAGGCCACUCAGAGGAGGCCCUGCGCACCAUGGCUCAGGAUCUUGGUGAGGAGGGGGAGUUUCGCAACCCAACUGAGUGCUGCGUAGACCUCUUCAACGAGUGCCUUGAGAUUCUGGACCGGGAUGCCAGUCGGGCCCUGGAGUCUGAGGGGCUGGAGGAGCUGGACCGUGAUGCCCUCGAGGUGAUACUCAAGCGACAGACUCUUGGGGUGAAGAGUGAGGUGGAGGUGGUGCGGGCUGUCGUGCGGUGGACCACGGCACAGUGCAAGCGUGGUAAUCUCCCUCUGACGCCCGCGAAUCGACGCCAAGUGCUCGGUAACCUCCUGUACUCCAUCCGUCUCCUGAAGCUCUCCUCGGACCAGGUUUCUGAAGCUUCAAAGUUUCUGGACAAGGAUGAGUUUGAGUAUAUCCAAGCUGAGGUGUCUGGGAAGACUAAGAAGGGUAUGCUUCCUCCUCCUACUCUUGCCCCAUACUUGAAACUCAUGUCCACAACAAGAGGCCCCAUUCCCACCCCUGCGGCGGCCCCAGAGCCCCCCUCGGCAAACAGAAAGAAGUGCAGCAAUAAGAAGAAGUACACCAAGAAGGAACUGAUGCUGGAUAUUGUGUCAUUCUUGGCCAUCAUCUUUGAUUAGAGCCACUUCUUGGUGUGUGUGUGCCUUCCUUCCUUCUGCUCCUGUGAGAGUGGAUCUGAUCUCCUUCAUUGCCUCGCCUCACCUCAUAUCACAUCUUGCCAUGUUUUCUCCUGUCUGUUCAUCUCUUCUCUCUAUCACUUGCAUCUUUUCUGUGACUUUUUUUCAUCAUAUUUCUAUUUCACAUCCAUUUUCCUUGUCACAAAUCAAUUUUUUAUGCCAUUCAUUCCCGGUUCUUGCCUCACAACAAACUGGGCACUAUCAUCAUCCUCAUCAUCACCACUACUGUCCUGCUGUGAUUGUUGCUUUUGUUGUUGUUUUGCCACAAACGUCCAUUCUAUUCUCAAACGCCACUUGGAGGAUCCUCAAAUAAUACAAGAGACUUAAUUUUCGCUCAUCGUCAGUUCAUGAACCUCAGAAAGCCACUGCACUGAUUUUCUCGUCCAUGCUGCGACUUGUGGGAGGCUUUGGUGAUCCCCAGGCAGCAGAGGGGAGGAAACAAGCCUGGGUUUUUCAAGUGCCAUACAGCAUUGUCUUGUGAUAAAAUGAUGCCAUAGCAAACAAGUCCGAGCUGCUUCAAUGAGAGUAAAAUGUUGAGCAGGUCAGGGCCUCAGUACUGAUAAGAAUGAAAGAUGACAAUAUUAUUAAAUCCAAAUGCUGAAUCCAAUGGUGAUGUAACUGCCAUAGUGAACGCAUGGUCAAUCACUCUAAUAGUGGUAAAAGAUGUCAACUUAUAGUCAAAAUAGUGGUACAAGAUGCCAAAAUUAUCAGUUCAAGGCCAAAUGCUCAGUUUAAUAGUGAUGAAAAUGCCACAGUAAACAAACUCUAACAGCAAUACAAGAUGCCAACUCAUAGUCAAAAUGCAACUCAUGGUAGUAAAAAGAUGCCAAAAUUUAUGGUUCAUGUCCCAACACUGGCUCUGAUGGUGAUAGUCCUGCCAAAGAGAUCAGUUCCUGGAAAAGUGUUGCUGCUGGUGGUGACAGAAGAUGCCACGGUGAACAGUCUGUGGGUCAAACGUCACUCUUCGUCUGACGCUCGGUGACAGACACAAGGCUUGCCACAGACACUCCUCAGAGGAAUCCGUAACUAGUGAGCUCUCGUUGCCAAGGCGCUUCAUCUAACUACUAAUUUGCUGUGUAUCGUUUCAGCAUUGAUCCGUUCCCUAUCCAGCUGUUGGCUUUACAUGUGAUUUAUUAUUAUUUUUAUUAUUACUGCAUCAGCCGGGAGAUGUCUGCCUGGUGUAUAGUUUGUUAUUAUUUUAUUAAGUUUUCAUCCUCAAAAGGGUGAAGUUUAUUAGCUCUAUGAGUGAGAGGCAUUCCAAGAAGUGUCUCUAUAUAUGUAUAUGUGUGACUGGAUGAAUAUGUGUUUAUGCAGUGCUCAGAGAGAGAGAGAGAGAGAGAGAGAGAGAGAGAGAGAGAGAGAGAGAGAGAGAGAGAGAGAGAGAGAGAGAGAGAGAGAGAGAGAGAGAGAGAGAGAGAGAGAGAGAGAGAGAGAGAGAGAGAGAGAGAGAGAGAGAGAGAGAGAGAGAGAGAGAGAGAGAGAGAGAGAGACAUAGCUGCUUAUUGUUCAAAAAAAAGUAUAUACAAAUGUUUCUUUAUGCAAAAAAAUUUGCUAGUAUUACGUCUAUAUAUGUUAAUUUCCUGUGAGCCAUAAGAGUCUAGUCAUUUGUAUCUCGCAUCCACUUCGCAACUCCACUUGCUGAUGACACGGUGGAGUUGUCAGGUUCCGCAGCCGUCACGCCCACAAUCAAUGCCCAGACGGCGCUCAUCCCUCCAGCACAUUAAGGUUGCCCCCGCAGGGAUUAGCCAAGCGGGUCGUGUCCUGCAAGUCAGGCACACCCGGCAGAGCGUGGCACAUUUCCUCACACAAAAUUCAAUAGCCAGUGUGUGCGCUGCUGUUGUGCUGAAUCUCCAACAAGGCCAAGCUGCCACUCUCCCCAGGGCUUCCAAAGUCCAGUAAUUUUAAGAUUGACUAACAAUACAGACUGCCUCAGCCUCACAGUCAUGUCAUCAAUCCCCUGCUGAGUCAGUGAGCUGGCUGUCACUAGCAAGGGUGUGUGGCAUUGACUUCAGGGGAAGGAUAAAAGGAUGACAUGAUAAAAUGUGAGAAGUGCCAGUGUGUGUCAAUUCGGGCAUCCUGUGCAGAGCGGUGUGAGGCUGGCAGUGGGGAUUGCUGCAAUCUGGCAGAAUCACUCAUUCUUUUAUGUGGUAUGAAGAACUGGGUAUAAACUCUGAUAUGAUAAUGUUUAUGUCUGAGAUCCUAAGAAAGAGAUCUUUUAAAGAUUAUAUGUUAUUGUGAAACAUUGACUUGCAUUGUUGAGUUUGCAGUUUGAUAGUUUUUUUAUUGAAACAAAGAAAGAGAAUUUUAUAUUUUCCUCCAGGAUUAUAAAAUCUUGAUGUGAUUCUAUAAUGUAUAAGAUUUUGUUGCUACUGAAUUGGAAAUCUAUUUAUUGAGUUAUUAUGAAAUAGAUAAACUUUAUUCUAUGGUUUCAAAAUUAACGAAUUAAAAAAAAGACUACCUAUACCUGUAUCUAUAUAAGAAAAAUUAAUGGCAACAAAUUCUCCUUUAAUGGAUCAGAACCAUUUCCAGGAGAAUAAUGUGUAAUAUUAGAAGCACUUUGGCAAACAGUAACCAGUAAACUGCAAAUUGAGGGAGUAUGUAGCAUGUAGCAGUGGUCUCUGUGUGUCACAGUGAGACACACAGCAGCAGCUUGAGGCAGUGAGUGGGACUGAAGACCAAGGUUGUAAUGCAUUCAACUCAAGCUGCAAGUCAGACCUGGCCUCUGCUGGGCCAUGCUGUGUUCAUGUGACAGAGUAGACCACCUCUACUGACGUGUUUGUAUUGGUGUGUGUGUGUCUGGGCUCUCUGUAGUUAGUUGUGCAAUCUGUGCCUUUCAUUUUCUUGCUUGAUGUACAAAUGAACAACCAGUCAUGCAAGGGCUGAUGGAGGAGCCUUAUUCAUACCCCUCAUGAGGUCUGCUAUAGAAUGCUAAUGUUACUGCAAGUACUCAUAUCUCUGUAAUGUGUGUGCAGGUCAGCACCUCCUGUGUGCUGAAAUGACACUUACUGCGUCAAAUAUUUUCAUUACUGUAGAAAUUUGUACACACAUGUUGCAUAUAAACACACACACACACACACACACACACACACACACACACACACACACACACAGUAUUGUAUAUCUUUUGGAAAUUACAUGAAUUAAUUACUCAUGAAGAAAUUUCCCUGUAGCCCAAAACUGUCAAAAAAAUGCCAAAGUCAGUAAACCAAAUUAAGAAAAA